AUGGUUUACCAAGUAAAGUCAAAUAGGAUGCUUGAUCCCUUUCUUGGAAUGAAGUGGGACGAAAGAAUUUUAAAUCCAGCUGGAGAUUUUGCCUAUGUAAUUUCAGGAACAAUAAAGUAUUGGCUGGGACAAAGAAAUCCAAUUACCAAAUACAAAAUCAUUGGGGAGCAGUAUAUGAAAUCUGAAAUUGAAAACAGCCAUGUUAUUACAUUUCAGUUUGUGAGAGGUGACGGUAACAGGAACAACUACCAAGCAAACAUGUAAAAUAUCAAGCCAUUGUUUUGUAACUGUGCCAUGGAACUAAUUCUGGAUUUUUAGUCAUGGCCAAAUCAUUUAACACUUGUAGCAUCUUGUAACUAUCAACUUGUUUAUGUUUGUCAGACUGGAACUUUUUAUGAUUGCCUUGUUGAUGUUUUUGGUUAAGAUUUCAACAGUUAAGUGUAAUGUUAGUGACGCUGGCAUCUGGGCAUCCAUUUGCCAUCUUCCUUCACAAGACGUGCACAGCAAAUCCCAGCUGUACAAUGUUUACAUGGUGAUUUGCAUGUCUUAAUGCUGUGGCCUUGUUUUGAACAGUUACCACAUUCAUAAUUGUUCUUAGCCCUCUCAUAGCCUGCUGCUUCCAAGAACUGAAUCCUGUUUUUCUUCAGAAAGAGCUGUUUAAGUGCAUCAAUUCCUUUGUGAUUUGUGGAUCUGAAAAAGUCUUUAGAAGCUCUAUCCUUUUAUUUUUCCAAACCUUGUUGAGUGUAAUAUGCAAUGUUUUGAUACAGUGACAGGAAUUCAGGAACAUGGCAAUGUAGUGCAUGCAUGUAGGGGGUCACAUCUUUUGCUUGGUACACAUUGAGAAAGAGUCCAAACCACGAUUUGACAUCUCCUUGCAGUUGAAGAAGGUCAUCCUCCGAUGUAAAAUCUAGUUUCAAAUCACCAAUUAACUCCAUAAAUUUUUGCUACAUCACUUGUAUUUCUUUGUUUUGACUGUACCAAGGAAGAAGCGUAGGAAUGUUAAUAUUCUGAAACAGUUUCAAUUUUUCUGGUCCAGUAAGAUCUCUAUAUUCCAGCUUUUUACUCUCUUUAUUGAUUCUAAAAUUAAAAGAGAUUCCAAUGCUUUUGACGAAUUCCUCAUAACUUGCCAUGUGUUUAUACUUAUCUCUUGGGAAGCCGUCAGAACUUUCGGAAAGUUUUCUUUUUUUCGAUAGCAUCACUUCCUCUCAACUCUCUUAUGAGCAGGUCAAUUAAAACAUCUGAGAUCCUCAGGAAAAGAUGUAAUGUAUCUAUAAUAACAUGA